UUUCCCAGUCGCUCUCUUCACGCCGGUUCGGGAACACACCGGACCGGUGUCAUGCACCGGGGGUUGUCCCGAAUCGGUAGGAGACUUUUUGAACUGGAAAUUUAGACUUUACUUAUUUAGCAGUUAGUUAAAUAGUUAUAGGGGAAUUAGGUAGAUAUAAAUACUAUUAAAUGUAGUUAUACUUUCAAGACUUAUCCUACAUAUUUAAAAGUUAUCUUACAUUUAUCAUAUAAUUAAAUAAGUAGUGGAAUAUAGUUCGGUUGAUAGAUAGGAAUAGUUCGCAUUCUUUAAGAGGGGGUUGAGUUGAUGGGAGGUCGAAGUUGAAUCAAACUUCGCAAAGAAAAGCUCUGCACUGUCCACACUUGUACAUAAAAUCAUAGCAUGUAAGAAAUUAGCGAUAAGGAAUAAUUCAUAGGAAACGAAAGAGAUUACAAGUUAAUUAUACAUUAGUUCAUAUAAAUAUUUAUAGGACUUUUAAUUAUUUAUCAUGCGAAUUGUGACUUUUGACAACUACUCGAAAAAUACAAAUUCUUGUACAAACCAUUUAUUGUGUGAGUAAAUGACCGUUCAAUUCAGCUGCAAAUAUUGCAUAGUUCUGCAGGAUUACAAUUAUUACAGUGUAAGUGAGAUAUCUGACCGCCUUUCAACAAAAAACUUUCAUCAAAAACUGUGCCCUAUCUGCGGCGUGACUUUCACAUAGAUAGAUAUUUACAUAUGUAGUACUCAAUUUUUCCCCUGUCACCAAACGCCCACCUUCAACUACGAGUGGCUUCUAAAUAGAAACAAAAUCCAUCACCUGAGUCUGCUAAAAAUGUUUGCAACAUCUGUUGAAACACCAAGCCGUAUGCCGUAGUAAACAACUGUGAUCAAUUUUCAGACAUAUUGAAUCAAUAUUAUUAAUCAUGGAUUUACUUCCAAAAUCAAGUGAGGAAUUUUCUAGCCAGCGAUAUUGGGAUGCAUUUUUCUCCAAAAGGAAACAAGACCCCUUUGAAUGGUACGGAGAGUAUCCAGAGCUGGCUGGACUUCUGCACAAGUACAUCAGUCCGAAGGACAAUCUGUUGAUUGUGGGGUGUGGAAAUUCUACCCUCAGCAAUGAUUUGCAUCAAGCCGGAAUCAAGAAUCAAACAAGUCUGGAUAUUAGUUCAGUUGUUGUCAGUCAGAUGCAGAAAAAAUAUCCCCACAUUGAUUUUGUAGAAGGGGACGUUACCCAGAUGAAAUUUACGGACACUCACUUUAGUUGUAUUCUGGACAAGGGGACUUUUGAUGCCUUAUCUCCUCCACCCACCUCUGUAAGGAAGAACAGAAACAAAACUGAAAUGGACGAAACAAAGGAUGAUGAAGAUGGGAAAGCAAAAGUCGACUUGAUGAUGGAAGAAAUUAAUAGAGUAUUGAAACCCGGAGGAAGAUUUAUCUGCAUUUCACUUCUUCAACCUCACGUAGCAGAUAGAAUGCUAUCUUACUUUCAUAGUUUGGGUUGGAUGACUAGAGUUGUUCGAUGUUUGAGCGCAGAAGAAAAAACGGCAGAGAAAAAUAAUGAUGAGAAAUCGGUUGUCUUCCCCGUCUUUAUGACCAUUUUUACGAAGCUUAAUCUUCCAAGUGGUGCCACACCUAUUGUAGAAGCCUCUUCACCUUCCAAUAUCUGUUCUAUUACGAGAUUUUCAAAACUAUCUGAAUUAACUGACUAUGUGAAAGACCAGCAAAACUUUAGUCUGAUUAAACGUGGACUUCUUCAACUUGGGUUUUGUGCUGAGAAAGGGAUUCAGAUGCAACUCAUGAACUCUACAACGGGAGAAGACAGAUUCAUUGUAAAUAUUGUGGAUGUUCCUAAACUAUUGAAUAAUCCGAUGAAACAACGAUUCGGUGUUUUUGUGGUGCCUCAAGGGAGAGAAACAGAAUGGUUAUUUGGUUCGCACGAAGGGCGUACGUCGCUGGCUAUCCAAGCAAAUUUUACGCGCUUAGUUGUGGUCCACUUGGUCCGAGGACAAACUUAUCAAAAUAUGAACGCCAUUCAGGAAGAACUCAAGGGCCCUUUGGCCAGCCUGGCGCCCUCAUGUGUAACAGAAAAAGGCAUCAAGCAUCCAAUUAUGACAGUCGACAAUGAUGUGGGAAAUCGAGAAAUUAUCCAUCAGGGACAUUCGGAGUUUUCAGGGGACUACGUCGUCGAGGACGUUUCCAGCAAUGGAAAAAUUUUCCGACGGUUAAUCUUUUUGAAUAGUCCAAACAUUGUUCAAUCCGAAGUGGAAAUGGCGAUUGUAAAGAAGCGUGGCAAGGAAUUUCGCAACCCAAUCACGUCUAAAUUAUCUUGCCAACAUCAUGGAUUAAUGAUGAUGAGCCUUGGGUUUCUAAAUUACUUUUUUAAUAAUGAUGGCAAAGAAGUCAAAACUGGUCCAAUACGUACUUUGCUUAUCGGGCUGGGCGGGGGAAUGUUCAGUCUGUUCCUUGUAAACGUUAUACCCAAUCUCGAUCUGGAAGUGGUUGAAAUCGAUCCGGAUAUAGUGAAGGCAGCUAAAAGGUUCUUUGGGAUGCCUGAACAAAAGGAACGGUUAUCAAUCAUCGUGGAUGAUGGGUUAAAGUUUAUCCAGAGCACCAAAUCCCAGUACAACUUCGAACUUAUCCUCGUUGAUGUCGAUAACAAAUCGACUAAGGAAGGAUUGAGCUGCCCCCCACCAGACUUCUUGGAGACAUCAAAUUUAGAAAAUUUUAAAAAGGCAAUGAACCCCGAUCGAUCCAUACUCGUAAUUAAUCUCGUAUGUCGAAACGUUGACUUGAAGAAACACUAUAUCAAUGUAGUGCAACAGCAAUUUCCAUUAAUUUUACAAUGUGACGUUCCCAGUGAAGUCAACACAUUGUUGUUUUGCUUUACAAAAAAUCCGGAUGUCAAUUUAAAAAAUAUUUCUACUCACAUAUACUCAUCCAUCAAGUUGAUCUGUCACACUGAUAAUGCAAUUCCAUCUCAGAGCAACAAGAACAACCUUCGUGAAAGUAAACAGAAGAAAGUCGUGGAUUAUUUUGACGGUGCAUUUGACGACAUUGACACUAUAGCAAGCAGUUUUAAAGUAUUAAAAGUUUGACAACUUGACAACUAACGAUACACAAUUUUGACUUGUUUCAUUUAAGACUAUUUAAUUUAGUUUGUAAUCAGUGAUAAGGAAUGUAAUGAGUCCAUGCAUAUGAAUGUUGUGUAUGUAUGCGUCUACUGUGAAUACAUGUAUGUCAUAUGAUGUGUGUAUGAAUGAUGCUGUUUUCAAUUGGGUGCAUUUCGUAUAAUAAAUGAACUUAACUUUUUUUAA